AUGCAUCCUCAACACGUUCCACUUUCCAACUCAGCAAAGUUCACCAACUCAACCAGUGGGUUCGGCACCUUAACCUCAAUGUCAAUGACCCAUGCUGAGGUUGAUUCUAUGCUAUGUCUCUCCCCAAAUCAAUCUUUCACUGAUUUUCCUUCAGGAGAUGAAGGAUCUGUAUUUCCCAUGCCUCCUCCCAUCGCUGUUCCUUUCGUACCCCGACUGAGAAUGGCAUCUGAUGUUUCCAUACAGCAAAAUGUACGAUCGGUUAGCGCGUCUCGUGUCAGUGGGACACGACCUAGAUCCUCCCUUCCUCCCCCUGUGCCUUGUCGAUCAUCCUCUCUUCAAAGAAACUACUAA